AUGGCAGAAGGGAAAUCAGAUGUGGAGCAGAUAUUAGAGCUGCUGUUGCACAAUGAGAAAGGACAGAAGUUCUUACCAUUAUUCCUGUCCCAUGUACCUGAUCCUGCGAGUCGCAUUUCACAUCCAGCGCCUGAAUUACAGCAACACAUAGAGAAGCUGUCCAUGUUGUUGCCACAUUUUAAACACCCUAUGUGCAGUGUGCUGACUGACCACCUGAACCAUAACGGACAUUUAGCUGGUGGAAAUUAUAUGCAAGUGCGCCAUUUUGGAUUGUUCAUCAAAGGCCUGAAACCUAAUGGAUUUUUUCCAAAUGGAGGCAAGAAAGUGCAGGAAAAAGGAGAAGAGCUUCCAAAAAUAUUGAAGGACGAAGAAGACCCAGUAGUUAAACUCAAACUGAAGCUUGCGUACUUGACAGCACAGCUCGAGAACCAGAAGAAUGGAGAUGGAGCCGCCAAGGUCAUAGCAGAGCAUAGAAAGAAGAUGCUAAGAAUAGUUGCUGGACUUUGUUUGGGGUCGUUCAUCAUCUACAAGGUCCUGUUGCAGGGUUCUGUAGGCCGCAAUGCAGGGGAUAUGUUAUAUGGCGCUAAGAAUUAUGAAAUCAACCCAGAAGUGGUCAGUGUGACCUUCAAUGAUGUGAAAGGGUGCGAUGAGGCCAAAGAGGAACUAGAAGACAUUGUGGAUUUCUUGAAGAAUGGGGAGAGGUUCCUGAAAAUGGGAGCCAAGUUGCCAAAAGGUCUGUUGCUAGUAGGUAGUCCAGGUACAGGAAAGACCCUGUUGGCAAAGGCCAUAGCAGGUGAGGCAGGGGUGCCGUUCUUCCAUGCCUCUGGAUCAGAGUUUGAUGAAGUAUUCGUGGGGCAAGGAUCCAAACGGGUUAGAAAUCUUUUCGAGAACGCAAAGAAGCGUGCUCCAUGCAUCAUAUUCAUAGAUGAGAUUGACAGUGUGGGUGGUAAGAGGACUUCAACGGGCAUCACUCCUUAUGCCAACCAGACUGUCAAUCAGCUUCUUUCGGAAAUGGAUGGGUUUGAUUCACAAGAGAGCAUAAUAGUCAUUGGAGCCACAAACAAGAAAGGGAAUCUGGAUUCGGCCCUACUGCGGCCCGGCAGGUUUGACAUGGAGGUACAUGUGCGGCCCCCAGACAACGAUGGCAGGAAGGAGUUGUUCCGUCUCUAUCUGUCCAAGUGCAAACAUGAUGGCAAAAUCAACAUUGAUUCUUUGGCAAAACAGACAAUCGGAAUGACAGGAGCAGACAUUGCCAAUCUUGUAAACCAGGCUGCCAUAAUCGCAACCUUGAAGGGGGGCAGCCAUGUGACUAUGGAUGACCUAGCAGAAGCCAGAGACAAGGUCACAAUGGGUCCUGCUUGGAAGAACAAGAAGAUAGAUGAGGAGGAGCUAUGGCGGACAGCGUACCAUGAGGCCGGUCACACAAUCGUGGCGUACUUCACAGACCAUGCCCUGCCCCUUCAUAAAGUGACCAUCGAGCCCAGGGGAGAGGCUCUUGGAGUGACAAUGUCAGUACCAGACAAAGAGCCGUAUGGGAUGACGCGUGCCCAGUGUCUUGCCAGGAUGGAUGUUGGAAUGGGUGGCCGAGCUGGAGAGGAGUUGAAAUAUGGAGUGGAGUUUGUAGGAAAUGGUAAGGGCUGUGUUGAUCUU